AGCCGGAGCUGCCCGGCAUCGCUGCGAGCCCGCUGCUGCUGCCGCCCGCCGGGGCGGAGGUGCUGGACAUGGACACAGAGGAUGACCCAUUGUUACAGGACGCUUGGCUAGAGGAGGAAGAUGAAGAGGUUGCUUUCAGCUCCCGAAAGAGGCGAGAGGGUGCCCUGUUGUGUGGGAAAAGCCCGUGCAGAGUCAGGCCCCUGUGUGUCACACUGCCUGUUUCUGGCUUCUGGAAUAUUGUUGGCUGGGUGUUUACCAACCCGUACUGUGCUGGCUUCAUACUUUUCCUGGGCUGUGCCAUCCCUGCUGUGCUUGCUGUUGUCAUGUUCCUCCACUACCCUGCCCUGGAUAUUGACAUCUCCUACAACGCCUUUGAGAUCCGCAACCACGAGUCCUCGCAGCGCUUCGACGCCCUUGCCUUGGCCCUCAAAUCCCAGUUUGGGUCAUGGGGGAGGAACCGCCGGGACCUGGCCGACUUCACCUCAGAAACCCUGCAGAGGCUUAUCUUCGAGCAGCUCCAGCAGCUUCACCUCAACGCUUCCCAUCUUGGGGUCAGCGCGCGGGUGAAGCGCAGCCCCGCGGAGGCGAGGACGGGCUCCCUGCAGCCCCAGGCCCAGCUGAGCGCAGGGAACCAGACUUCCCGAAUCGGGAGAGGAGCCCCGCGCUGGGACUACUCCAGCACUUACAUCAGUGCCAACACGCAGGCACACGCUCACUGGCGCAUUGAGCUCAUUUUUCUGGCGCGGGGCGACUCUGAGAACAACAUCUUCACCACUGAGCGCCUGGUCACCAUCCAUGAGGUGGAGCGCAAGAUCAUGGACCACCCUCGCUUCCGGGAAUUCUGCUGGAAGCCCCAUGAGGUCUUGAAGGACCUGCCCCUGGGUUCUUACUCCUACUGCUCCCCUCCCAGCUCCCUCAUGACCUACUUCUUCCCCACUGAGAGAGGAGGGAAGAUUUACUAUGAUGGCAUGGGACAAGAUCUUGCUGACAUCCAAGGGUCCCUGGAGCUGGCCAUGACCCACCCUGAAUUCUACUGGUAUGUGGAUGAGGGCUUGUCUGCUGAGAACAAGAAGAGCUCCCUGCUGCGGAGCGAGAUCCUCUUCGGGGCACCGCUGCCCAACUACUACUCGGUGGAGGAUCGCUGGGAGGAGCAGCGCCACAAGUUCCAGAACUUUGUCAUCACCUAUGUGGCCAUGCUGGCCAAGCAGUCCACGAGCAAAGUCCAGGUGCUGUAUGGAGGGACAGAUCUGUUUGACUAUGAAGUGAGGAGGACUUUCAACAAUGACAUGUUGCUGGCCUUCAUCAGCAGUAGCUGCAUAGCUGUCCUGGUCUACCUCCUCACUUCCUGCUCAGUGUUUCUGUCAUUCUUUGGCAUUGCCAGCAUUGGGCUAAGCUGCCUGGUGGCUCUGUUCCUGUACCAUGUCGUAUUUGGGAUCCAGUAUCUGGGUAUACUCAAUGGUGUGGCUGCCUUUGUCAUCGUGGGGAUUGGCGUUGAUGAUGUCUUUGUUUUUGUCAACACCUACCGCCAAGCCACUCACCUCAAGGACCUGCGGCUGCGCAUGAUCCACACCAUCCAGACAGCGGGGAAGGCCACCUUCUUCACCUCCCUGACCACAGCUGCAGCAUAUGCUGCCAACAUCUUCUCUCAGAUCCCAGCUGUGCAUGACUUUGGACUCUUCAUGUCGCUGAUUGUGUCCUGCUGCUGGGUAGCUGUGCUCUUCACCAUGCCAGCUGCUCUUGGAAUAUGGACCCUUUAUGUGUCCCCAUUAGAGAGCUCCUGCCAAGCCAGCUGCAGCCAGAAGUGCACCAAAAAGAGUGCCUUGCACCUGGCUGAAGAUCUCUUCAUUGCCUCAGACACAACCUCCAGAGCAGGCCAAGAGACCCUUCCCUACCUUGACGAUGACAUCCCGCUCCUCAGUGUGGAGGAGGAGCCUGUCUCCCUGGAAAUGGGGGAUGUCCCUUUGGUGUCUGUGAUGCCAGAAAAUCUGCAGCUCUCUGCAGAGAAGAGCAGCCGGGGUCACUUGAUAACUCACCUGCAGGAGCUGCUGGAACACUGGGUGCUGUGGUCUGCAGUGAAGAGCAGAUGGGUGAUUGUGGGGCUCUUUCUCCUUGUUUUGCUGCUGUCCAUAUUCUUUGCUAGCCGCCUCCAUCCAGCUAGCCGUGCUCCAGUCUUGUUCCGGCCAGACACAAACAUCCAGGUGCUGCUGGACCUGAAAUACAACCUGAGUGCUGAAGGUAUCUCCUGCAUUACCUGCUCAGGUUUGUUUCAGGAAAAGCCCCACAGUUUACAGAACAACAUCCGAACUUCCUUGGAAAAAAAGAAGAGGGGCUCAGGGUCGCCUUGGGGGAGCAAAGGCAGCAUGAGUGAUACAGGGCAGCAAGAGCUCCAGGGGACUGUGUAUAUCUCCAAGUCCAGGAGCAAGGGAAGACCAGCCAUCUACAGAUUCUCACUCAAUGCCAGUGUCCCUGCGCCCUGGCAGAUGGUGUCACCGGGAGACGGGGAGGUGCCUUCAUUCCAGGUGUAUAGAGUGCCUUUCGGUAACUUCACCAGGAAGCUGACAGCUUGUGUGUCCACAGUAGGGCUGCUUAAGCAGAUGAGCCCCAGGAAGUGGAUGAUGACCACCUUGUCCUGUGACACCAAGAAGGGCUGGAAGUUCGAUUUCAGUUUCUACGUGGCCUCCAAGGAGCAGCAGCGAACACGGAAACUGUAUUUUGCCCAGUCACACAAGCCCCCUUACCACGGCCGAGUGUGUGUGGCACCCCCGGGCUGUCUGCUCAGCUCUAGCCCAGAUGGACCCACCAAAGGCAUCCUGUACGUUCCCAGUGAGAAAGCACCCAGAGCAAAGCUGUCAGCCACGUCUGGAUUUAACCCAUGCAUGAACACAGGCUGCGGGAAGCCGGCGGUGCGGCCGCUCGUGGACACGGGAGCCAUGGUGUUCGUGGUGUUUGGGAUCAGAGGCGUCAAUCGCACGAGACGCCCGGACAACCACGUCCUUGGAGACAUGGGCAGUGUUAUCUACGAUGACAGCUUUGACCUCUUCAAAGAGAUUGGCAACCUGUGCCGCCUCUGCAAAGCCAUUGCCAGCAACUCGGAGCUGGUGAAGCCUGGAGGGGCUCAGUGCCUGCCCUCGGGUUACAGCAUCUCCUCCUUUCUGCAGAUGUUGCACCCCGAAUGCAAGAACAUCCCUGAGCCAAACCUGCUGCCUGGACAGCUCUCUCACGGGGCAGUGGGGGUGAAGGAUGGGAAGGUGCAGUGGAUUUCCAUGGCAUUUGAAUCGACAACCUACAAGGGGAAAUCAUCCUUCCAGACAUAUGCUGACUAUCUGAAAUGGGAGACAUUCCUGCAGCAGCAACUCCAGCUCUUCCCAGAGGGCUCUGCUCUCCGCCAUGGUUUCCAGACCUGUGAGCACUGGAAGCAGAUUUUCAUGGAGAUUAUAGGAGUGCAGAGUGCCCUGUACGGUCUUGUCCUCUCGCUGCUCAUCUGUGUGGCUGCUGUGGCAGUGUUCACCACACACAUCCUCCUCCUGCUGCCAGUGCUGCUCAGCAUCUUAGGGGUCGUCUGCCUUGUGGUGACCAUCAUGUACUGGUCUGGCUGGGAAAUGGGAGCUGUGGAAGCCAUUUCCCUCUCCAUCCUCGUUGGCUCCUCUGUUGAUUACUGCGUGCACUUGGUGGAGGGUUACCUGCUGGCAGGGGAGAACCUGCCACUCCACCAGGCAGAGGACCCCACGGCGUGCCGACAGUGGAGGACCAUGGAGGCCGUCCGGCACGUGGGGGUGGCGAUCGUCUCCAGCGCCGUCACCACCGUCAUCGCCACCGUCCCGCUGUUCUUCUGCAUCAUCGCCCCCUUUGCUAAGUUCGGGAAGAUCGUGGCCCUCAACACGGGAGUUUCCAUCCUGUACACGUUAACUGUGAGCACGGCCCUGCUGAGCAUCAUGGGCCCCGGCACCUUCACCCGCAGCAGGACUUCCUGCCUCAAGGCCGUGCUGGGGGUGCUCCUGGCCGGCCUGCUGGGGCUCUGCAUCUGCCUUGCCCUGCUGAAGAGUGGAUUUAAGCUCCCCCUCUCCAAUGGGACAGCCCUGUAGAAGACCCCAGGCCGAGAGCCACGUGCUCUGUCCUCUUGCUCCCUUUCUUUUUUCUUUUCUUUUUAAAGAAUAUUUUUUGUAAGGAAAAAAAAGAGGAAAAAAAAAAAAAGUCCCUUUUUUCAUGAAGUUUUUCAACUCCAGAUGCACUUUAUUUUCUAAUGGGUUUUGCUCUAAAGUUGUAUUUAUUUUGGGUAGUGAUGGAUGGAUGACGGACAGUGAGGGCUGCCCAGGGAAUACCUCAGCCCGUGAAUAGGAGAGGAGGAGGUUUCCUUCUCUCAGUUUUCUUUCUGCUUUCUUUUUUCCUUUUCUUGCUCUUUUAAUUUAUUUUUAACAAACAGGGCUUUCUGGACCCACAAAGCUAAAAUGGGAGAAUUUGGGAAGGUCAUGUGAUCCUUUCAAAAACCCUUCCCUCCGUCCUUCCCCUCCAUUUGCCCAAGGUCAGCGUUGCAACCGUGACUCUUGAGGUGAUGUGCUACUCCCACACCAAGCCUGUGCCUCCUUACCUGAGCCUUCAAGAACAGCAGUGAGCUGUUGGACAGGCCUGGAGGACAGGAUUGUCUGGAUGCCUUUGCCAGGCCCUGUGCCCAAGCCAGGCCAGCAGUGAACUGGCUGCACAGGAGCUCUCGUGGGUGUCACUUUGGGAUCCAAGCUCGAGCUGUGUGGCACCACCUGCAGUGAACCUGCUUUUGUGAUUCAGGGAGGUGUUGGGACACAGGGCAUUACCCUUCUCUCUGGAGGGACAGUGCACUGGGAUCUCAUGUGUCUGUGAACAGCCAUCAGGAAGCAGGUGGUGCCCUCAGCAGCCUGCCCUCCUCUCCCUCAUCUCAGUAGUGAGGUCAAGGCAGUUUCAACGCCCAUUUCUGGUCACCUCACCAGUCACUGCCUCUGCUCUUCCUGGUGGAGAGAAAAGAGAGCCCUGAGGUCCCUGCAGAGCUCUUUGGUCAAAGCAGUCAGCUCUUAGCCUGAGGUAACCCCUGGGGCCAGGUAGAGCCCAUAACUGGUGGUAUGCACAGCACCCUCUGUGGCACUUGAGAGACACCCUCCUGUGCGCAGAGCCAAGGGCAGCAGAGCUGCAGCUGCUGUCUGCUCGGAGCAGAUGGUUCCUAUUAAAGGAAGAUGAAAUCGCAAACCGGUGCCCAUUAACAAGUACAUUUUAAGCAUCACUGGUUCUAUCGUAUUUUUAAAAUUGAAAUAGCUAAGUGUGCAUUAAUAUACAGCACAUCUGAUCCUUGGCAGAAGGGUAGGGUCAGGCCCACUGGGAGAUGCAUUAACCAGUAUUUACAAGGGCAAUUGAGUAAUGUGGCCAGGAAGCAGCCUGACUUAAUUUCUUUGCAGAUUCCAUGUCCUGGUGGCUUUGUGUUCUCUGUCUGGAUCUACACCUCCUUUUAAGAUGAAAAUUCCAGGAAGUCCAACCCCAUUGCCAGCCAAUUUGUGUGGCCUGCACUGCUGAGAGACUGAGCUGCUUCUGCUUGGCUCAGUGCAUCCCUGCUCUUAUCCCCACCAGUCUUACACCUUCACAUUGUGUCAUCCCUGUGAAACUGGAUCAAAUACUUGUUUCUGAAGUAGGUUCCCGAAGGUGACCCCAAGCUUGAGAGAGGAGUUCCUAUUUCCAGGCAGUCUCCAGAGCAAUGCUGCUGCAGGCAGUGGAGGUUGUGAGGAUGUGAGCAGGGCAGAAGAGUAGCCUGAUUUCUCCUUGCUAUCCCAUGGCACAGCUGAGUUACCCUUUUCUGCAAAGUGUUAAAUGUUUCUUGGCACCUACCUCUAAUCUGCACCAGCUCCUUCGUAAUGAACCCUGUGCCCGUGAAUAAAUGGUUCUGGAAAGGAUUUUUGACUGUCCUUAAGCAGUGCUACUCUGAUGGCUGCUGUGCACGGUUCAGCCCCAUCCUUGAUGUGUAAGCCAUGCUGUUCCCUGUGUCUGUGCUCCAGAUUUAACUCUUGGUGGUGCCCUGAGCACUCCUAACCUGCAGUGACUGGAGAGGGCAAGAGUGCUUAUGAUAUAAAGCCCAUGGCACCUGUGCAGGUGCUGCAGGGGACAGAGAGCAAGGUAUCCCUGCUGCUGUGGCCAAGGAUGCUCUGGCUGCUGGCUUGACUCGAACUUGGCAAACACUUCACACUCUUUUGGGUGAUUAAAGCUGAUGGAUAUUUCCAGGUCAGCAGAUGAGAGAAUAAGGUGCUGAGGGCACCCUUAGAGGAAGUUCCUCCUUCUGUAAGUAUGAAGAAACCUUUAAAGGCCUUUAAGAAAGGGCACAAGGUGUGCUUUGAAUCCUGCAAAGUUGAAAGCCUAUGUAAGCCCCUGGUAUCCUAUGUUUGUGCUCACUAUAAAGAGGUUACAGAAACCCCCCAGCUCCAGUGUGAUUCUGGACAUGCCAUGCUGGGAACGUUCAUUCAGACACUGUGGGGAGGCAAAGAUUAAUUUUAACGUAGAGGGAAAGCUUUUAUGUCUCUUGGGUCUGAUCUGGCAGUGUCUGAUCUGCAGACAAAAAUAACAAAGAGUUCUUGGCGCCUGACAGGAUCCAUCCUGUUUUCUGAAGCAGGUAGGGAAAAGGACAAGCUGUCAUUUUCCCUCUUCCUCUCCAGCCAGCCCAGGCUCCCUCAGGGCAGAAGGACUGGCUGGCACUAGCAGGAGCAGGGCAUCACCUUGGCUUUCAUUGCCCAAAGUGAUACUGGGAGUGCAAUGGCUAGAACGGUUCAGAAAGAAGAGGGGAGACCAGGAAAAGUGCAAAUUAUUCAUAAAGGUAUGCUGAGGAGAUUGUGCCCCUCCAGGAAGGAAACUGAGGCAAGGAGAGGGGAAGGAACUUACACCAGAUGUAGCAGGAUGGCAGAAGAGCCAGUAGAGGAUCCUAGGUGAUGUUUUACACUGCAAGGACUCAGUGAAUGUUGUAACCUGAGACCCUGAUUAAACACAGUCAUGACACUUCUCUUAAGAUCUAACUAGACAUUUGUCCCAUCACUGCUUCACCCUGAACAGCUCUGUGGUCAGGGGGGCUGAUGUUUCUCCACAUACAGUGGAGUGACAGAGACUUAAAGGUGGGGCCCAGCCUUCUGCAAAACACUUCAAACAUCCUGAUCUCCCCAGCAUCUGGAGACAGCAAACGAGUAGCAGAUGUAUACAUCCAUGUCCACGAAGGCAGUGUCAUCCCUGUGAUUACUCAUAAAGUUAUAGAAGUAAGAAGAGGGAUGGCUUUAUCUGAGCAAGUGUGGAGGUGGAGCUGACAGCCCUGCUGGGAAUUGGUGCUCCAAGGCAGAUGCUCAUGGCAUUAAAAAGCAAGGCCUCACCUAUCUGGUGCUGUUCCAGGAGCAGAUGUUCACCUUAAACGAUUCCUCACACAUCUUCGCCUGUCUUCUUUCUCUGAUGACUCCUCUGUUUCACAGUCCCUCUCCUGGGCCCCGUUGUCUUGCUGAGCAAGGUUCAGCCUUCUCCGUGGUAGGUGUUCGUGCUUUAGGUGCUCACAGAGUCUGGACUGAAAGUGGCUGAGGAAACCUCAAGAAUUUCCUUAGGCAGAGGAAGCCAGGGAGUUAAACAGCUUCACACAAAGCUUUCAGUUUUGAUGUUCUUAAACAGAACACAUCAGGUCCUACUUGGAAGAAAAUGCUCUGAUUUUCCAUUUCAAAACGAUCUUGGUGCAAUUAAAAGGCAUACAGGAAUUUUCAGCUAGCACAUGGCAAUGGAAUGUGCCUGUUAAUUACCCACUCCUUUAUUUCUAGUAAAUCCUGGUUUGAGGCUUAACCUCUGAAAAGUUAAGUUACUGUUUGAGGAGGGGGUCAUUCUGGAACUAUGCAGUCUCCUACGAAACACGGUGGGUCCUGUCCUGCCCAGAAGUCCUCUCCCUUCCAGCACAGGGCAGAGGCAGAAGGACACUGCUCCUUGGUGCUGAAGCUCUGAGAUUCAUGCACAGAGCUGGUGUGACUGCUCUUUGCCUUCAGUGGAGCUACUGAGUGAGUCCAGGGUUCCCCAUGGACACUUGGAGAAAGAGCCACUGCUCACAACAGCCCUGUCCACAUCAGCUUUGGAGUAGGGAGGAGCAGAGUUGAUGUGCUGUGCACAGAUCAGUGUCACAGGAAGGAACAGGUCCAGGACUCCUCGCUCUGUUUCUUUAUGUUGUGGUGCCUCUUGAGGUUUGGGCAACUGAGGCAUCAGAUUUGGCCACUGACCUGAGGGACACCAUUGGUGCCUGGCUGCCAGCUGCAUGCAGCACCGUUCCCCACCAGUCCCUGAGCCCAGCCAUCCAGCCAGUUCCUAACCCAGCACAGAGUGCUCCUGCCCAAGCCACGGGCUGCCAGCUUAUCCAGGGGUGUGCUGUGGGAGACAGUGUCAAAGGCCUUGCUGAAAUCCAAACAGACAACAACCACAGCCCUUCCUGCAUCCACCAGGUGGAUCACCUGGUCAUAAAAGGAGACCAGGCUGGUCAAACAUGACCUACCCCUCCUAAACCCAUUCUGGCUGGGUCAAUACCCUGGCCAUCAUGUAAGUGCUGCAUGAUGGCACUCAGUAUGAACCGUUCCAUGACCCUACUGGGUACUGAGGUCAGGCUAACUGGCCUAUAGUUGCCAGGAUCCUCCUUCCCACCCUUUUUGUGGAUGGGUGUCACGUUGGCCAGCUCCAGUCAUCUGGAACCUCACCAAUAUCCUGCACUGAAUUUCUGUAGCAGAGCAGCCUGCCCUUUGGGAAGGUUAGAAAAGGCUUUUUGUUUAACCCCAUGACACAUUUAUAUCCUCCCACUGCCCACCAAGCAGACUGAUUUGCAGCCAGGCAGGAUAAAUUCAAUGUCUUGGUUACUUCUUCCAAAAUCACUCCUCACCCCAGAUAGAGCGUAAGCCAUAGUUUACAGUUAUUUCAAAGGCUUCUGCUAACGACUUUUCCCUGGGUUAGUACCCAGGGUCCCAGAGCUAGACAUCUUCCAGUGUCUGUCUCCAUCCUGAGGACAGAGGUUUUUGGCUUUUUCUUCUCUGCUCCUCCUUUGGGCAAUUGCUGAAGGGAGGUGGGGGGGCAGUGACAGAGCAACCAGCCGAUGAGCAGAAAGGUUUGGAGGCAGAAGCAGAACAAAGGGGAGGGAGGAUGGUUUAAAAUACGAGGGGAGAAGAGGCAGGAGCACCCCAUGGACAGUGGGAGGGAGGGCACUGCCAUUCCACCACGUUGUGUGCGGACCUUAGAGUGUCAGUUCUCAGAGUGAUGUAGCACAAUCCCUGAUGUAUGCGUGUCACUUUUGUAAGUUGUCUC